CACAGCUGUUUUUAUUUCUGCAGCUGCGUUCAUCGAGCCUGGUGAUGGUUUAAAAGCUUUUAGUCACAGCAGGGCGAGCACAGCUCAUGCUAACAAUGUGACAGUGAGCCUGGAUGCUUGAGCAUUGCUGAGGAACCGGACUGAAGUCGUCGUCUGUCUGAGCUCUUUGGGCUUCAUGAUGUCGCCAUCUGCUGGUGAUGGACUCAGGCCUCUAAACAAACAUCAACUUCUGGCUUUGAAAUAACUUUAUCUCUGGCUCAUGUACGGGCAGCAUGGGGUGGGGCAGUCUGGGGACCCCAAAAGUAUGCAUGACCAACUGCUAUACAUGAUCCAACAUAGCUUAGAAAUGCAAUAUUUAAGUUUAAAGUCUACAUUUCGUCCUGUUUUCUGUUUUUACUAUUUUCACUUCUCAUUGUAUUGAGUAUGAUCUAUCCAUAAUCUCAUGAAAAUAUUAUUGGCCAUUAAAAUAUAAAGCCUCGUUAUGAAUCUUUUGUGACAAAGUCAUAUGUUUUGGAACUAAAUGUGGCAUCAUCCCAAGUUGUUUGAAAAGCACGUUGGGUGUGGUAAUUCCUGGAAAACCACCGCCUACAAAUAAAGUAAGUAAAGUGGCUCCUUCAGUUCAUGGACUGACGGACCUCAUCACAGAGCAGCUUUUCUUAACCUGGAGCUCUGGUAAGUCCUUUCCUAGCUUUGGUCAGGAAUGCGCGUGAUUGAUGAUUUGCUGGCAACAAAGAAAAGGACUUUUAGUUUUUAUUUUAUGAUUUCAGUCGCUGCUCUGCAAAGCUGCAUUUGAAUGUGAUGAUGUGCACACAAAACUUCUCCAACUCUUAAAACUCUGAUGUGUUUUUUUUAAAGCAGAAACGUCAUUAUUAUGCUCAAGUGUGAAAGAAGCAGGAUGAUUGCUGAUAAAGAAAAGAACGCAUUUUUAAUACAGAAACGUGUUGCACUUUUGCCUUUUGUCUCCAGUUUAGCGCCAUUAAAAUGAAUGGAAAUGCUUUUUUAUUCUGUAUUCUUCUGCUGAGCGUCACCUUAUCCAGUGCCUAUGAAGAAGGUUACAUCAGGCUGGCUGGUGGCCAGGAAUACUCCGAGGGCCGUGUGGAGAUCUUUCACGAUGGAGUUUGGGGGACGAUUUGCGACGAUGGCUGGGACAUAAAUGACGCUCAUGUAGUGUGUCGACAGCUGCGUUUCCCUGGUGCAGCCGAGGCUCCUGGAUCAGCUGCAUUUGGCGCCGGGGUCGGUAACAUCUGGAUGGACGAUUUAACCUGCGGUGGGUCGGAGAUUAACCUACUCCAGUGUACGUUUCCUGGCUGGGGGGUCCAUAACUGUGGUCACGGCGAAGAUGCCGGAGUUAGAUGUGAGAAAGGGGCGGAGCCUCAGAGCAGGGACCUCAACCACGAGUACACGUUGGACCACAAUGCGAGCCUCUCUCAGCAGCUAGGCGAGCUGUUUGACAGCAGACAGGACUGUGACGUGGACAUUGCAGUGGCAGUGGAUAACAACAUAGUGGAGACCAUCUGUGCUCACAGGGUCAUCCUUUCUCUCAAUUCAAACCUCAAGGCUUUGCAUCCAGACCUCAGCAGCUUGCUCAUUAACGUGUCUUCUGAUUGCAGCCAACAUGCCGAUAUAUUUGUCAGAUACUUCUACACGAGGAAGAUUACGGUCACAUUAGCCUCCUCCCACUGCAUCCUGAAAAUGGCUUCUGACUGGGGCCUGACUGAAUAUCACAAUGAGGCUGCGAAUCUCUUCAGACUGUUUCUCCCCGAGGACCCCACCUUCCAAAGUCAGAACUCUCUUUAUGAGUACGCAGUUCGCAGAAGUGACGACACGCUGCAGCAACUAUGUCUUCGCUACCUGGCGUGGAACUGCGAGGCGCUGAUCAACUCCCCGGCCUGGACAAGCCUUCCUUUUAAUCUGGUCAAAGCACUCCUUUCUCGCUCAGACCUCGUGGUGCGUAACGAAACAGUCGUCCUGAGCGGACUGGAGAGAUGGGCAGAAGCUCGAGGAAACGCAACCAUGCGUGAGAUACUUCUAAAUCUCGUCCGCUUCCCGAUGAUACCAGCUGAGGACUUAUACAGUCUUGACAGCUCAGAGUACCACGCUAGCAAGCUGGAGGGGUUUCAGUUUAAUGCUCUUCCUGUAAAAAUGCUCCUCAGCGACCUGACAGGAACCAUCUACACACCCAGGAUUUACACUGGCAGACCGUGGAGCUUCACCUUCAGCAGUCAGGAGAUCCGAGCUUACCAGCACUCCGGGGUCUACAUCCUUCGAGGGCAGCGAGUCAGCAGCCUGACGUCUGAUUUCCAAACCCCGGUUCAUAACAGCGCCUAUUUCGCUUUUCACACCAUGCGCUGGAAAGUCACGGCCUACGUCAGACAGGAAGACUGCACGAAGCAAAGUGUCACAUGUGCUUCUUUACCAGCGAUCAGCUUGAAGAUUGAAGAAAAGAAUUUACCCAGUGAGAUGGAGGGCCGCAUCCGUUACAGCAACAGGCUCAUUCUCAUGUGCGCAGGAAGGCACGUGUUCCACGUGAACGAAUUUAAUGCUGUUGACAGCGACAGCCCCAUAGCUGUUCCCAGCAUCUCAGAACAAGUCUACCCGUGCCACUCAAACCUGUUCUCCUACCAGGUGGUGGUACGUCCUCAGUACUCAACAGAUUAGAUCUGACUAGAGAACUUAAGAGAAGGAGGGUGUGCGUCAGCGCAAGAACUGCACGCACAUAAUGCUUUCGGCUCUCUCCUCCUUACGUGCAGCAGCUGCAAGUGGAAACCUCACAGUGAAAAUUAAGGUGGAUCCUGGAGCAGGUAGAAUUGACUUCAUGCAAGUUUUCUAAACAUGAGCCAGCUUGUCCUGUAGUUGCUGUGGAAUGCAUCGCUGUGGCUUGUUUGGGCACAUGGCGCUACUGUAAACCUGGGCAGAGAGCAGUAUCACCGCAUUUCUAUCUGAUGAUAAGUGAAAAAAUAAUUAAAAAAAAAGGUCUGGUCUACUGUUAUAAUCACUCUGUCUGCAGAAGGCCAUGCAUUUCUUUUAUUAUGCAAAAUAUGUGUAAUCAGAUUACAGUGUAUACACUUCUGUAAUGUAUUUGAUUCACUGAAAAUAUUUAUUGUCACUGCCAUGACAACAGUCCAGCAGUCUUAGCACAAUCUGUCUGUCCUAUACAAAUACAGUAGAAUGAUAGAAUAGAGACAGUUAUUAAUAAUACCUGUUAAAAUCCGCUGUGUGUAACAGAGCGUUUAAACAUACUGCAGGCUGCCUCCUCCUAUGGUGUCAGUUUGAAAAUCCUUCAUCACCCAUGUCUCAAAUUAUCGCAUUCACAAGACUUUUUUGAGGUCAAGGUCACUGAGAUUUGAAUUCAUCCAAGAUUUUGUGUAGAUACACCUGCUGCCCACCCGCCCCACGGUGGGGUGAUAAUGAUACCAAAGGCUGAUGGAUUGAAAAUAAAGAUUUAAGAAAAAAAACAAACUCUUUUGCAAUGAAGUUACAAGUUAAGUUAUGUAAGUACAAAUGUAUGAUUGCUAAAUCAUUUAGGAGACGUGUUUUAUGUCAUCAAAUUAUUUCAGCUAAUUUUAACACGGUACGGAGGCAUUCACAUGAACUCUGCUGCUGUUAGUUUCUGUUGGUUUUUAAGUGUUUUAAAGAGUUUUCUCCACUAAGGUACGAAAUAAAUUCUUCUUGCACUUCUUUAAAUGGGACCGGUGUCAAAAUCAUAAACACUUUUAUUUUAUGGAGCUGGUUUUUAGAUCCUGCCGAGCUUAAUUCAACAAAAACAGGCAGAAACCUUUCUGAUAAACAACGCUUCUCAUUUCCUGACUUUAAUGUUUUGAAUACUGUGACUAAAGUAAAGGGUCUAAAUCAGCGGUCUCAAACUCAAAUGAGCUGUGGGCCACGGGUGGCACUGUCGUCUCAUUGGAGGGCCACUUUAGUGUUCAAGUAGUACAAAAAACCCAGCCAAACAAACAACAAAACACUU